CGCAACCCUAGCAGCCCAUUCGGCCUCCCGAUCCCAAAUCACCGGCCACAAACGAUGCCGCCGAAGCUGGUGCGGGAGCUGGGCGAGAUGGAGGAGCUCGUGGAGGAGAUCCUCAUCCGCCUCCCGCCAGACGAGCCCGGGAACCUCCUCCGCGCCUCCCUCGCCUGCAAGCCGUGGCGCCGCCUCCUCUCCAGCCGCGGCUUCCGUCGCCGCUACCGGGACUUCCACCGAACGCCUCCCAUGCUCGGCUUCCUCCACACCUGGCUGUGCCCGUACACCGAGUUCGUCCCCACCACGGACUUCCUCCCACGCGAGCCCGAUCUACUGCAAAGUCGUUACUCCGUGGAGGACUGCCGCCACGGCCGCGUCCUCCUCCGGUACUUCGAUACGGACGAGAACAUGCCGCUCUUAGUCAUCUGGGAGCCCGUGACGGGCAGCCAGACGGUGCUGCGCCGCCCCGAAAUGUCGGGGACGAGCAGCUCCACCUCGGUGCUCUGUGCCGCGGACGGCUGCAGGCACGGUGACUGCCAUUCGGGUCCAUCUCUCGUGGUUUUCGUCAGCCUUGACGAGGAAGCGAGGGUCGCCACGGCCUCCAUGUACUCGUCGGAGACGGGUAACUGGAGCUCUCCGGUCUCUCUGGAUGUUGGUUUUGUUGAGAUUGAAAUCAGCUUCGCUAUGAUGCCUAGUGUUCUUGUCGGAGACGCGCUCUAUUUCCCCAUUUCGAGGAACUAUAUUAAUGGUAUUCUCAAGUAUGACUUGGCUCAAACCUGCCUAGACAUUCAUCUGCCGUUGUUUCAACGGAGUUGGUCGGCUCCAUCGAGGGCACUGACAUUGUUUUUGCAAUCACGGAUCUUGGCACCUAUAUGAUCGAUCUCGAGUCACUAAGCUUGAAGGAGCUCUCCAGCGAGCUGUGUCAGCAAGGAGAUAUUACAUGGGCACUCUAUCCCUACCUCAGCUUCUACAGUCCACCAGGGAUAGGCGUUGAGGCUGAAGCAUCAAGUGAAGCUGGACAUGGCGAUGGUGAAGCAUAAAUCUCAAGCAGGCCACUCAAUCAUGGAAGUUCAGAUUGCUGUUUUGGUGUUGGCUUUUGUUUUGGGUUUUGAGUUUGAUGGAUGAGGGGAGAGUUGUGUUAUGUCUUGUUAAGGACCUGUCUCUGUUCUUGUUAAGCAUGCUACCAAUAUUCUACCCCUGAUCUCAUUAAAGCUUCUGAAGGUUGCCUUGUGUCUAAAAAUCAACUGCAAGUUUUGCGCGUAAUAACUAUAA